AUGGAAGAAAUUACACUGCAGAAAGCCACCUUCUUAUCUCCCCACGUCCUCACGGAAAGUUUUAUUUUAUUAUUACUUUUCUUUUUCUUCCUUUCCAUCAUUCAUAAUUUUCGUUCUUUCAUUUUGCUUUCCUCUGUCUUUCUUGUUUUAAUUCUUUCACUCCUGAUUUUCUUCUGUCGUUCCUUAUUUAAUUUUCCUUCUACUACUUUUUUCUUUUCCUUGAUCCAUACUUUAUACUUUUUUCUCUUUCAUAAAUUAUUCUUUCCCUUUUCUUCUUCAUCUACUGUUUUCCUGAUUUUCUCUUUUUUAUUCGAAUUUCUUUUGUUGUUUUUUUUACAUUUCCUUUCUUUGUUCCUUUUUCUUUGUAUACUUUCUUUUUUUAACACUGUCCCUUUCAUGUUUUUAACUUAUUUCCCCGCCAUUUUUUUUCCUUCAUCUCUCUUAGCUAUUCUCAUUUCUUCAUUUCUCCAUACUUACUCUUUUCUUCUUUCUCUUUCGUAUUAUUUACUUUUCACAGCAUCUUCAUUCAUUUAUCGUCUUUCCAUCUAUUUUUUUUUUUACUUUUCUUUUAUUACUUCCACGUUUUCAUCUGUCACUCUUUUUUUUCUCCUCGUAAUUCUGAUUUCAACUUUUUCUAUCCUCACAAAAAUGUCUCCUGCGUCAAAAUCUAUCUACCAACCAACACAACGGAUCUGUAUGGAUGUUUUCAGACUUUCUUACUGGUUCGUUCUUUUUAUUAGAAAUGGCGUCGAGGUUGGGUGA